GGGGUAAAACGACGCUCUCUCGGCUGCGCCGCGUCCAUUUUCCGAACACACACGGAGAGUUCGGGGGGGAAACGAAUGCGACGGAUACACACAAAUAAUGGAGUGUGCGUCUUUCGGUUGAGAUUCACCUGUAAAUUCGCGAUCUCCGCAAUUAAUGUGGCGUAGUGACGUCGCCAGUCGCGCGCGCUUUCCGCUCGAUGAAAUGUUGUGCCUUACGUGUCUCUGACUGUGUUUCGUAUCGUCCGAAUCGAGACUCGGGUUUGUUGUCGCCUGUGAGAAGAGGUCCACGGUAGGGAAGGACUCGCGUAGUCUCUCGACGAGCGAGCAGUAGUGUAAAUGAGAGAGAGGGAUCAACGAGAGACGCGCUGCCCGCGGUGAUGCUGUGACCUUUCGUGAAAUGUCGGUUCCCGCUGUGACGAGACUGUGACCCCACGCCGGGUGUUCGUGAGUACCGCUACCGACCGCUGUGUGAUUGUCACCGUCAAAGAUUGAGGUUAGACUCCCGCGGCGUUAACGCGUACGAAAAACGUAAACCUGUCUUGUAUGUCCUUAUCCCCGCCUGCGCCUCGGACAUUGACGUUGAACUAAAGCUAAGUUAAAACCCAACCACCACCACCAAGCUCCUGGUAGCCCUGUGUCGGGAAAAAGAUCUCGCAGACUGUACGUAGUUGUACUAUUGUGGUGAAUACAUUCCGGUGCUGCGGUCUAUGCCUUGAUGUGUGUAUAUACUGUUUGUGUGUUAUGUUCUCAUCUCGGUGAAUAGGGAUUGUAGAAUCAUGGCAGAUCGAGAUUAUGAUAUGGGUUCUGCAACGGAAAUGAUGGUAAAUGAUUUUGAUGACGAACGAACAUUGGACGAGGAAGAAGCGUUAGAAGGUAGCGAGGAUUCUCACAACGAGUUGUCCAACUUGCAAAAGGAAGGUGAUAUGCCACUGAAGGAUCUUCUCGCCAUGUACGGAUACGGCGAUCCCUCGACGGAGAACUCGAACAGUUCCGAUCACAUUGGGCUGCUGCCGUCCGGAAGCGGCGAUCCCGAGACCGAGGAGCGUUAUUCCGACAAGGGUGACAACGACGCGGACGACGACGAUGACGAUGACGAGGCUGACGCAACCAGCAACGAACCGGACCUUAAGCAAUUCUACACAGAAAUGCUGGUGAAGGGGAAGGACAAGACGUCGUCGUUGUCGGGAUCGACGACGAAAGGCAAUAGCAGCAGCAGCAUCGGCGCGGGCAGCAGGGAUAGCAGAAAACGUAGAAUCGACGACGAUGAGGACGACGAUGAGGAUGCCGAGGCCGAGGAAUGUUCGCUCCCUCGAAGUGGAAACGGGAAGAAAAAUAGAGCGUCGCCUAUAACGGGAAGUGCUAAUACUGUUGCGUGCGAUGGUAUAGUUAAUUUAGGGGGAGCCAGCGCUACCGAUAGCACUAUUGAAGAAGGUAGCGCCAGUGGUGCGAUCGAUGGUCCCGAGGAUAGGAUAGUCAGUGCGGGAAUAGGCAGUGGCAGUUCGAGAUUGUUACGGAGUGUUUCAAGGCCGCAGAGUGAAGAGGAAGAGGACGAUUGUGACUACAGUCCGGACGAGGAGGAAUGGAAGAAAACAAUCAUGGUCGGUACCGACUAUCAAGCAGCGAUACCAGAGGGUUUAUGUCGUUACGACGAUGCAUUGCCAUAUGAGAAUGAGGAUAAAAUGUUAUGGGAUCCCAGCCAUAUAUCAGAGGAAGAUACGGAAGAGUUUCUAGAACGUGCGCAACUUCCGGCGGUAAAGGGUGGCUCAUUGCCGGCUGGCUCGCAUAUUAGAGAUGACGAGCAGGCUUUGUAUCUUCUACUGCAGUGUGGCUAUAAUCUCGAAGAGGCAUUACGAAGACGUCGAAUGAAUGUACUACCCCCUACGGAUGCAGUGAGUCUUUGGUCAGAAGAGGAGUGUCAUAAUUUUGAAUCUGGGUUGCGCACUUAUGGGAAGGAUUUUCAUCUUAUACAGAAAAAUAAGGUGAGAACGAGAUCGGUCGGAGAGUUAGUACAAUUUUAUUACUUGUGGAAGAAAACGGAGCGGCAUGACAUAUUUACGUACAAAGCGCGAUUAGAAAAGAAAAAAUACGCUCUACACCCCGGUAUCACCAGGGACUAUAUGGACCGAUUCCUCGAGGAGCAAGAGGGAGUGCGAGAUCGCAGCAGUUCGCCGAACGUUCAUUGUUUGCUGUAUGGCGAUGCCAAGCGGCAGAGAUCGAGUACCAGCGUGACCAACAACGACGAGUCCAAAUCAGCAGAUGCUUGGGAUGGGAACGCGGUCGAUCCAUUGGCGGAUGUUAACGGCCCAACGCCACCGCCGCCACCACCACCUCCACCUCCGCCGCCCUUGACGUCAGCCGCGACUAGCAUGUCCUUGUCAAUAUGCAAUUCCAGUGCUUUGACCACGCCGACGUAUUGUUCCUCGUCGACUCGUCAUCCGGAUUGUCCUUCGUCCGAAUCGGGUUGUGUAAAUUCCUUAGCGUGGAGCGGUCUAGCGUCAACCCGAAGUCAACCUACCUCUUCAGUCAUUACAACGAUAACGAUAAAUACCACCACGGCCACUACGUCUACAUCAAUGGUCACAGGUCUCGGCUCGACGAAUACAGUUACCACUAGUUCCACCGUUCCUGCCGCCACCAUUGCCGCCACUGCUGUCUCUAAUAACUACUACCAUCAACGAGUAACGUCAUCCCGAAGCAAUGACUCUCACGACACACCCUCGCCCGAGAACAUUUUACCUCAUCUGCCCCCUUAGCGUCUAACCCGACCUUCAGGUGUUCAUCCUGAAAGGCGACGGAUGUCCUUGCGCGGAGUGCCUAACUCGGCACUCGCACCAUCGCUAUUGUCGUAACGCAUAAUAUUCGUUAAUAUCAAGGAUUAUAUUUUUAUACUGUACCGCGCGUAAUAUAAUUAUUAAUCGUCCUUAGCGCGAGUGCGCGAUGUUGUAUAGUGGUGCGGAAGACGGGAGGGACGCGCUUUUGCGCGGAAAAUUAGAGCAUAUAUUGUAUGUAAGAUUAAAGAUAUAUACAAAUUGAAGCUAAACGCGGCAAAAACGAGCGAGGGUUACUGUAGCUUUCUCUAUUUUUCUUCUCUCUGUUUAUGAACUUAGAGAUAUUCCAUACAAAAAGAAAGACGCAUUUCGAAAAAAAAGACUCGUUGGAGACUGGAGCGCCAGUAUUCGACAGAGAAGUGGAAUAGUAUUAUGUACUGCGACUGUAAAUUUUCAUGGAUAUAAAUCAUUGUAUUUCAUAGUUAAUAUGUAAUUGAUCAUGAUUCAAUUUGUCCGAGGCACACCUGUCUUCGGAUCGGCAAUAAAUCUGUAAAAAGUACGGAAUUUCGCGAAGUGAUUUAUCAGUUCGGCGAAGCGAAAUAAAUAUAUGAUAAAUGUUGGAAUGAUGAAAUUAAACUGAAAGUCAAUAGAAA